GCCAUCACCACGACUACACCCACGACACCACCACCACGGUCGCCGAGAUGGCAUCCAGAGCCCCCAAAGGCAGGCCCGCCCCGCGGCCGGUUGCCAAGGCAAGAUCGAUGUCGUCAAGACUGCUCACCAUGAAUGUACCGAACCAAACCAACGAAACCAACCCCCUCAAUAGCCCCUCUAUGAAAACCCUGCGGCUAGCUGACCAACUCUUGACGUCUUCCAAAUCUAGUUCAUGCAAAGAAACGCCUCCGCGCCGGGAAGUAAAUCCCAUGCCGAGGUUCAGAAAGCGAUUGAAGCGGAGAACGCGAAGCGCGAGGUCGCGCUCCUGGCGACGAGGGAUCGCUCGGAGGCAAGUACUCGUGAGGACGCGGAGACCCGGUGGGAGCUAAGCAUUGUCCGGAGGACGCCUCAAACACCGGUUAGGGUUCUCACGGUUGGGUAUGGGGAGCUGGCUGAUGGGGGGUGUAGCGAUGAUGGUGAGGAAGAAGAGGAAAAGGAGGAAGGAAUUGGGGGAAGGAUGAAGUUUGGAAAGUAUGGGGCCAAGCUUGAGGUUUGUUCUCCCGCUUCCCUUCCUGCCCUGCGAGGGUCCGGGCGGGUAGGAUGAGGAUGUGCUAAUGAUGGUGUAACAGGACUCUCCCAAAAAGCCAGAUCAAGAUCUUUCUGACGACUCUUCCUCUUCCACUGACGACUCUGACAGUGACUCUUCCAAAGACAGGCGGAAGAAGAAGAAGCAGAAGAAGGCCAAGGCCAAAAAAAUGGACGAUGAUAAGAUUCUAAAGAACCUGCAUUCUAUUUCCAACAGUGGUCCCCCAUCCACUUCGGGCCCCAUCGGCGGAGGCGGGAAGUGCUUCAAGUGCGGGAAACCCGGCCACGUCCGCGCUGCCUGUCCGGAGCUGGAGAUGCAGCGCAAGCACUAUACUGACAAUAUUAACCGCGGGAACCCCAGCAAACGUGGGAGGUUCUCUCGUUAACACCUUGGGCGGCUUACCCACCGUCCACUCGUAGAAUACCCUGCUCCUUCUUCCUCCCUCCCUCCCUCCCUCCCUCCCUCACUUUUCUUUUUCUUUUCUGUAAACCCUCUUUACAUUUUCAAUAUCCAGUGGUUGUCCUCCUGGAAUACGGAAUCCAUUGCAGGACGUUCGGGAAGAAGCCUUCUCUUCAUCUUUUUCAUUUUUUUUUUCAUCAUUAUAGUUUUUCGGGGUUGGCAGAUGUAGAAUUACAGUCUCUGCUUUGGGUUUGGCGAGUUGUUUGCGAUUUCCUUCGUAUGUACUCUACCGGUACGAUAAUUGCAGUAACUUGCAAUACCGUACUUGCGAUGUAAUAUAAUUUGCCCAGCGAUUGAUCAUUGCCGAUGGAGGAAAAGUGAAACCAGACUGCAAUAGAGAGACUCUAGGGUCAAGUUACCCUA